GCUUCCCCGGCUGCAGGGAAAGUGCCCGAGCUUGGAGAAGUGUUUCUCUUGCUGCAGGAGGCGGAGGCGAGGUUGGGAGCAGGGAUCCCAACUCCCCAAGUUCCCGAUUCGCCUUUUCGCGGCCGCGGGAGGGGCGGGAGAGCUCCCUGGCUGCUCUGCCAUGACCUCCCGGCCACCUCCAGGCAGUGUUUGCAGGCUUCCUUGCAAGCGACAGCCCCUACCAUGUAACCUGACCUGUGCAGCCAGGGGCCUGGUGGUGGUGGUGGUGGUGCGGCGGCGGCAGUAGCGCGCGGCCAUUGAGCUUCCUCUCCUCCUCUUCUUGCCCAUGAAUCUGGUGCGUCUCUCUCUCUCCCUCCCCAUAUCCCCCCCACCUUCUCCUCUCCUUCCCUCUCUCCCUCUUUUUUUGAAAACUGAUCUUUGGCUCCGAGUGUGAAAGUGAUUUGAAUUUGGCUCGGCGGCGCUCUGCGCAGGCGUUCAGCUGCUGGCAUGCUGGCUCUUUGCGAAGCAGCUGUUUUGGGUUUGAAAUUCCAACAUGGCAGAGGCUGCAGUCAGUCUUCCCUUCAAAAACUUGGAAUGAUUUCAAAUCAUAGGCACCUUCACUUAACCCGAGCCCCCAUUCAUCAGCGAACAGAUAGGAUCGAUGCUGCUCUAACCUACCGGGCUUCUCUACCAAACCUCCAGGUUAAAUGAAUACCUGACGAAAGGGCCCACGUUUCAAGGCAGUGACAUUUGAUAGCUGAGAGGAAAAGUGGCUUUAAUGAAAAGCAACCUUUGGAAUUCCUGCUUGUGAGGAGGAGAAGAAGAGGAAGAGAAAAAAAAAUCCAAUUCAGCUUUUUUGUGCUGCCAGCAAGAAAUGAUCAGUAGCACCAGUGUUUAUGCAACUCUGGAAGAAAUCUAUCUCUUACAGAGCGGGUUAUGGGGCAGCGAAAGAGGCUUGAAGAUGCAGUGGACGCCAGAGCAUGCCCAGUGGCCAGAGCAGCACUUUGACAUUACUUCAACAACCCGGUCUCCUGCCCACAAGGUAGAAGCUUACCGUGGACACCUGCAACGCACCUACCAGUAUGCUUGGGCUAACGAUGACAUCUCUGCUCUAACUGCCUCAAAUCUGCUGAAAAAAUAUGCAGAAAAGUAUUCUGGUAUUUUGGAAGGGCCAGCUGAACGGCCUAUCCUAAGUAACUACUCAGAGCCUCCAUCAGGGCUGGUCAAUGGCCGCAAGAGUGAAAGUGAACCCUGGCAGCCUUCUUUGAACUCUGAGAGUGUUUAUCCCAUGAACUGUGUCCCAGAUGUUAUCACUGCCAGCAAAGCUGGAGUAAAUACUGCCCUCCCUCCAGCAGAUGUCUCUGCCAGUAUAGGGAGUUCACCUGGGGUGGCUAGUAACCUGACAGAAUCUAGUUAUUCUAGUAGUACAUGUGGAAGUCAUACGGUACCCAGUCUUCAUUCAGGGCUCCCAUCUCAGGAAUAUGCCACAGGAUACAAUGGAUCUUACUUGCAUACAAGUUAUAGUGGCCAGCCAACACCUGCACUCCCUUCACCUCAUCCAUCCCCUCUGCAUAGCUCUGGGCUUUUACAACCACCCCCACCUCCACCACCCCCUCCAGCCCUCGUACCAGGCUACAAUGGAACGUCUAAUCUUUCCAGUUAUAGCUACCCAUCUGCAAGUUAUCCCCCUCAAAGUGCUGUUGGGCCUGGAUAUAGCCCUGGUGGUGCUCCUCCUCCUUCAGCAUAUCUGCCUUCAGGAAUCCCAGCUCCAACUCCUCUUCCUCCUACUACAGUACCUGGUUACAGCUACCAGAGUCAUGGUUUAACACCCAUUGCACCCUCUGCCCUGACAAACAGUUCAGCGAGUUCUCUGAAAAGAAAAGCUUUCUAUAUGGCAGGACAGGGAGAAAUGGACUCCAGUUAUGGAAAUUACAGCUAUGGCCAACAGAGAUCUACACAAAGUCCUAUGUACAGGAUGCCUGACAACAGCAUUUCAAAUGCCAACAGAGGGAAUGGCUUUGACAGAAGUGCUGAACCACCAUCCUUAGCAUUUAAGCCAACAAAACAGAUAAUGGCUUCUGAACAGCAAAGGAAAUUCAGCCAGUCCAGUAGGGCUCUGACACCCCCUUCCUACAGCACUGCUAAAAAUUCACUUGGGUCGAGAGCAAGUGAACCAUUUGGGAAGUACAGCUCUCCAGUAAUGAAUGAACACAGUGAUGAGCAUAGACAACUCCUUCCUCACCCAAUGCAAGGCCCAGGACUUCGUGCAGCUACCUCAUCCAACCACUCUGUUGACGAGCAACUGAAAAAUACUGACGCACACCUCAUUGACCUUGUAACCAAUGAGAUUAUCAACCAAGGACCUCCUGUGGACUGGAAUGACAUUGCUGGCCUAGAUUUGGUAAAGGCUGUCAUUAAAGAGGAGGUUUUAUGGCCAGUAUUGAGGUCAGAUGCAUUCAAUGGGCUGAGUGCUCUACCUCGGAGCAUCCUUUUGUUUGGACCUCGGGGAACAGGCAAAACAUUAAUGGGCAGAUGUAUAGCUAGCCAGUUGGGAGCCACGUUUUUCAAAAUCACUGGCUCCGGUCUUGUCACAAAGUGGAUAGGGGAAGGAGAAAAAAUUGUUCAUGCCUCCUUCCUUGUGGCAAGGUGUCGCCAGCCUUCAGUGAUUUUUGUUAGUGACAUUGACAUGCUGCUUUCAUCCCAAGUGAAUGAAGAACACAGUCCAGUAUGUCGAAUGAGAACUGAGUUCCUUAUGCAGCUGGACACUGUGCUAACUUCUGCAGAGGACCAAAUAGUAGUAAUUUGUGCCACCAGUAAACCGGAAGAAAUUGAUGAAUCUCUUCGAAGGUACUUCAUGAAACGACUUUUAAUCCCACUUCCUGACAGCACAGCAAGGCACCAGAUAAUAGUACAACUGCUCUCACAGCACAAUUACUGUCUCAAUGACAAGGAGGUUGCACUGCUUGUCCAGCGCACGGAAGGCUUUUCUGGACUAGAUGUUGCUCAUUUGUGUCAGGAAGCGGUAGUAGGCCCACUCCAUGCCAUGCCAGCCACAGACCUUUCAGCCAUUAUGCCCAGCCAGUUGAGGCCCAUUACAUAUCAAGACUUUGAAAAUGCUUUCUGCAAGAUACAGCCAAGCAUAUCUCAAAAAGAGCUUGAUACAUAUGUUGAAUGGAACAAAAUGUUUGGUUGUAGUCAGUGACAAGUCUUUUUUUUAAAAAAAAAAUGUAAUGAAUGUUGGUGCGUGCACACACACAUACAUACACACAAACCUGUUACAUAGGGCAUGGGACCCCUCUUCAGCAGAGUUAAAAUUGUGAAAGAGUACUGGGGGGGAGGGGGGAACAAUGAUCACCUUGCAUCAAAAGAGCCAGGUGUAGGUUUGAAGGAAUAUUGCAUCAAACAAGAGCCACAGAUGAUAGAAAGCAUCUGUUGAUGCUCCAUUCUCUUCAGGCUAGACAACACACUCUCGCCGUGGAGCAAGGAGCCAAGUGGCUUGAUUUUUAGAAGGACAUGAACCCUGUGUGUUGAUUCCAUUCUGCUGUUCUCGAGAUUUAGUUGCUGUCAAGUGCCUGAAGUGGUGCUUUCUCCCCCUCCCUUCUUUUCAUUUUCUUUUCUUUUUUUGUUGGCCUCACAAUUACAUUGGUGGCAUGUGCUAAUAUAAAGAGCUUUAACUUCAAAAUGUUAUGGGACUAAAGAAAUGAAUGGUUGCGUUGUGACAGAGAACUAGAUUUUUAUUUUGUUUUCUUAUUUUUUUGGCUAAACUAAGAGCAACAGUAUUCCUCAAUCCUGUCUGUUCUGCAGUACUAAACUAAGAACAGGUAAAACAGGGUAAUGGUAAUCUGGACCUUAAUUUCUGCAGUUCAUUUCUUUUAAUGUUCUGUCUGCAAAAAAAAAGAAAAAAGAAAAAAAACUCAGGAAAGUGAUUGUGAUUUGUACAGUACCUCAAAGGAAUGUGUUGAAAGCACUAUGUACUGCUGAGAGUUAAUAGGAUAGGCUUCAAUGUUACUUUAUAUUAAAUAUGUAUGUAUGUUUACCUCAACAGUUGGGGGGGAAAUGGCAAGGAGAAAUAUUUUGAAUGUAUCCAGGAGCAAGCUGAAAUAUGUUAGAAAUGAAUCUUUCAGCAUUUCAAAAUAGAACCAGAGAGGGUAUCCCAGUGUUUAGGAAAUGCUUCCCCCCCCCCUUAAUAUUGGGGAUCAAAUUGGAACACGAGAAUUUUCAUGGCAGUAGUGUGUGGAAGUCCUUAAGUCCUUGACAAUUUUGUGACACAUAGGUAGACAGUCCACCAACGGCAAGAAAGCCACCCUGUCGAAUUAAGUAAUCAUCUGAGACAGUCAAAGGCAACAUCUAGUUAGGACACUGAGAGGCAAAUUACCUUAGACUACAAUGGCUUUUAUACCAUGGUUUGAGAUGUAGCGUCUUGAUAAUUUCACUGCGUCAAUAGAACAAAAUCAUUCUAGGUCACUAAGAAAGGUUGUGGGUUGCAAAGCUGUUUGCAGCAAUGCAGUGGAUAGUAACCAAACAAAAAAGCAAGAAAAAUUUAAGUCCUCCAAUCACAAUUUUCUUCCUCAUCUUCCAUUUCCAAAACAUGAAGGAAAUUUUUUUGCUUUUUUUGCUGGGGGAGGGUUGUGUGUACAUUGUCUCUUCUGUUUUUCUCUCUCUUUUUUAAUGUAAAUGUGCCCACCAUUUUAUUUCUACCUCAGUUUUUGUUAUAUUCCUCUUUGGAAAGCAAAGUAAAGAUGAGGACAUGCUGGAUUAUAUCUAGGAUGCUAACCUCCUUAAUGACUUUAAUGGAACCCUAUGAACGUUUUACUCAGAAGUAAGUUGUCCUGAGUUCAGGAAGAUUCAACUCCCAAGGAAGUGUGCUUAGUAUUUCAAUCGAAGAGAAGGGAAGGGAAAGGAGGGGAUGGAGGGAGAUUCAGUUCUGGAGUGAAGCCCAUCAAUAUCUCCUUGUCCAGAGAGGGCAAAUGUUGCCGAGUCUUCUUUCUGGAAAGGCAGGACUAGCUAGCAUGUGUGGCUUUUUGUUCUUUUUGUGCUUCCACUCCACAUUGUCUUUUUUAUUAUUCUUUAAUGCUUUUAUGAGCAAUUCUGUUCAUGACAGCUGACUGAUGCUGGUAAUGUCUCUGAGCACUGUAGCAAUCCGAGCCUUUACAGCCACAUGAGCAGAACAGUCCCCCACUUUUUUGAAGUGAUUUUCUGUUUACUUUAAAGAGAGAGUAGCAAAACACUUGCAAAGCACUGGCAUUUUAUGUUUCUUUUAAGUAAUGUACCUUCAAUUACAUGAAAUAAAUGCACUGAAAAGCCCUAAGGAGAAAAAGACCAAUCAGUUACCUGGUUAUUUUGUGUCUUUAAAGCUACUUUCCAGUUACCAUACCUGACAUUUAGUCAGUUGAAACAUUAGGGAUGAGAAAGUUAAUAGUGGGUAGGUAGAUUGUAUUUUAUUUCUGAUUAUUGAUUUCCUUUUAAUUUCUUAAAAUUUCUUUUAAUAUCCAUGGCUAAGAACAGAGCAAAUAAACCAAAACGUACAUUCUAGCAAUUCUUUUAUUCAAUCUAAAUCUAGUGUUGUUUUUAAGGCAGAAGGUGCAUUUUAAAAAAACACAGUGCCUUUCACUGAUAAAGUAAAGUAAGAUGCUUUGCAUUUUCAAGUAGUGAAUGCCUUCCUUUUUGCCUUUCAAUACUCUUACAUUUCUUCUAUUAUAUCUUCCUUUCUGUUUGUGAAGCCCAAGUAUCCCGUUUCCCAAUGAUUCACAUUGAUCUUGCAGACAGGUUUGCUGAUGCAGAUUGCUGAUCUGUUUUUUAUCUAUUACACAUUGCAUUUUGUGUUUGCUAUUAAGCUGUGCUGAUUUGAAAGAUUCAAGCGUGUUUUGAAGAACUAACUCGUGCUCACACCAGAAAUUCUAUGCUUUCUACUAAAUCAAUAUUAUUAACUAAACUUAAGUAAACAUAAUGUUAUAUACAUGAUCACAUACAAUAUAAAGUUCUCUAUCCCCAUAGCCCACUAAAUAAAAUUAACAAAAACUACUUCAAUAGAAUUUUCAGGUCACAUUUUGGCUCCCAUUUUACAUCAUAUAUGUUGGGAAAGGUAAUUAUUAUUUCAAUUAACUUUAAAUAUAAAAAGCAAGAUGAUGAAGCUGAAAGAAUUAAAAGUGUGUGUGUGUGUAUGUAUGCACACAGACCACUUGAAUCCAUUGAUGCAAGCACCAGGGGAUUAGGUUUUCAUCCCAGUUGGUAGCUAGCUGCAGCUAGCGGGUAUAAUGCUUUACAUAACAUGAGCAGAAUACUUUUGUUUACCCUAUCUUCCUACCAACUGGAAGCAAGCUAUAAUAUUCUAUCAGUUCCUGCCAAUGGAAGUUCCCUGAUAAAAAUGGAAUUGCACAGCCUUUGUCCAGUGUGCUCAGACCCCAUUUGCUCAUUUUUAAUGGACUACCCCUAUGCUAGUUGGAAGCAACUGCUUCCAUGCAUCCUAUGUGAAUAGGGUCAUUCUUUUCUUAUGCUGCUACAUUUCCUUCUGUACCCUAUAUGUCUCAUUACAAAAGAAAUGGAUCCUAGGACUUAAGCUUCUAAGGUGUUGGAUGAUCCAUGAAAGAGAAGACUAGCUUUUGGGAGGGAAUCAAUAUGACCAACGUAUGAAAGUCUUCUGCAGAUUUAAAAUGGCUUCUGUAGGAAGAUAUCUGCUAUCUUUUUUCAUUGGUCAGAACUAUGGGUUCUGUAUCAACAAUAAAUAAAUAAAA